AUGGCAACGAUUACAGAUCCAGUACCUACUAGCAAAUCGGAAGAUACAGCUUUACCAGUGAACAACAGCAGUUUUGUCGACAUGUCAAGAUUCAGCUCGUUGGCAAAGUUACUCAGAGUUACAGCUUAUGUACUGCGUUUCACUGAUAACUGUCGAGGCGGGAGGUCCACUGAAAGUCAAGAAACUUUAACUACAGAGGAACUUCACAGGGCAGAGAAUGUGUGCAUACGAAGCUGCCAGAUGUCUAAAUAUCAAGCAGAAGUGAAAGAUAUACAGACCAAGAGAUACAAACUCCCACUAUCUAGACAACUUAAAUUAUUUCCCAACAGUGGAAUUUUGAAGUGCCGUGGACGUAUCCACAAUGCACCACUAGACGAAAUGACCAAGUACCCGUACCUGUUACCAACUAAACAUCCAUUCACCAACUUGAUUAUCAAGUACGCACACUCAAGAUUACUACAUGCCGGCGUUAGUUCAACUACCACGUUCUUAAGACAGAAAUAUUGGAUUCCGUCUAUCCGUCUAAAUGUGAAGGUCAUACUACGUAAAUGUACCUGUUGUAAGAAGAUCGUUGGCAAUUUGAUCCCAGAAGAAAUCUUGAGAAUGGACAAAAGAUCAAUCGAACUAUAUAAGGAAGUUUUGCAAGCGGGACAUGAGUCUGUUCAUAAUAUUCGCGUUAUGGUUGUUGGGCAUUAUGGAGUUGGAAAGACAACUCUGACAAAACGUUUGUUUAAAGAAGAUAUAAACAUAAACAAACAAGAGAGCACAAACGGAAUUGACGUGCAUAUUAGAAAAUGCAAAGUGUCCCUCGAAAAUGGCGAUUGGAAAAUGCUUGAUACAGGUCAGAAGACUAUACAUAAUCGUUUGGUAAAACUGUUGACCAAGAAAAUUCUCGACAAGGAAAACCCGGAAGAGGAAGCUGUACCUAUUUCAACUGAAGUAAAGUGUACGGGUAGCGAUAAUACCAUCCAUCAAGGUCAGAAGCGUACACAUUAUCGUAAAGUUCUGGAGACAGACAGUUGGGACGCUCCAAACGUCUCUAAAAUACCUACUAGUUCUACACUGGACCCGACAGAAGAUUAUUUUCGAAAUCAGCUUUUGGAUUUGAUAAAGGAACAGUCGCUGCUAUCAGACGACAGAGACGCAACUACGGCAGAUCUCUCGGUGUGGGACUUUGCAGGACAGUAUGCGUUUUAUGCAACACAUCAGGUGUUUUUGUCCAGACGCGCUGUGUACUUGCUGGUCACUGAUAUGUCCAAACACAUGGAGGAUAUAGUUCAGGAUGACGACUGUUUCCCGGAUAGUGACGGCGCGAAAAACUGGAGAAUAUCAGAAUUCGUAGAACUUUGGUUAAAGUCCAUACACGAAUUUUGUAGUUCUUCAGAUGAUCAGGGGCCACCAGUCUUGCUUGUCGGUACAUUUGCUGACAAACUAAAUCAGGAAAAGAGAGAAGAUAUGAUCGAUGAAUUCUUCUACACACUGAGAAAAUCACUUGUAGAUAAAGCCACAAACUGUCAUCUCACGGACGAAGAUUUUGCCAUAGACAAUUCUAUUGUUGAUGGAAAUAUUGAAAAGCUGCGACAGCAUAUUUUUAAAGUGGCUUCAAGGCAAAGUUACUGGGGAGAACUUAUUCCGGCAAGAUGGGUAACUCUUGAGAACAGUAUUGACAAUUUAAAAGACAAGGGUGAAAAGGUUCUUCGAAAAUCUGAAUUCCUCGAUCUGAACAACCGUUUACCUGUGCCAUUAGAAACAGAGGAGGAACUAGAAUUGUUUUUGAGAUUUCAUCAUGAGACUGGAAAUAUUCUGUACUACAGAGAAGAAAAACUAAACGACACCAUUGUCCUUGAUCCUCAGUGGUUGAUAGAUGCUUUUAAAAGCUUGAUCACUGCCAGGAUGUUCUGUUGUAGAAAGCCGACAAUAUUGAAGAAAUGGAUCGAAUUUGACCAGUCAGCCAUCUUAACCCACGGACUUAUUGAUGCAGUUUGGAGUAAAGAGGAUAACUCGAUAUUUCAUGAGCACAAAGACUUGUUGCUGAACUACCUUGACAGGCUAGGAUUAAUUGCAAAACCCCACGAAGAGUCUGUGACAGAUUACUACUUUGCUCCAUGCGUUCUUAAAACAUGCCCAACAGCGGAUCUACUUUCAUGCCUUGAUUGUGAAAAUCAGAAACCAACAAGUAAAUUGUGUUUCACGACGACAUCUGGAUUCCUACCCACAGCUGUCUUUAACAAACUUCUGGCGGCCUUCAUCAGUAAAUGGACUCUGUCAAAAAUAAACGGAAAGCGCCUGAUAUUCUGUGGGUUCGGUGUAUUUGAUCUUGAAAAUAAUCAUUCACUAUAUGCGCAUUUCUUUGACAAUGUUAUACAGAUAUGGAUAACAAAACUAAGCAUAAUAGAUGAGCCAAGCACUGAUUUAUGUUCCGAAGUAAAAGCCUUUGUUACGGAGUUUAUCCAGGAUAAAUAUAGAUGUUCAAGUGAUAUAAAAACAUUUCUGAGAUGUAAGUAUGCCGAAGUUCGCUCCAGUGAGAAUGGAUUUGGACUAGAUGAGAUUUUUGACAAGGAAGAGGUUGUAUGUAAAUGCAGAGCAUCGCAACACGUAUUACGGACAGAAGAGCUUACGAAAUACUGGUUUUUUGACGUAUCACCUGAUAUGCACUUGGACAAUGCUCGUGAGCUGAACGAAAAGGAGCUGAGUACCAUUGCACAAGCUAUUGGAGACGGAUGGCAGCUUUUAGGGUCUGAGCUUGGACUGACUGCAGUAGAAAUGGAGCACAUAUCUGCAGAUAACAAGAAAGUUGUCAUGCAAGUUUACCAAAUGUUGUUGAAAUGGCGUUCCAAAAAUGAAAACGAAGCCACAGUGGGUCGCCUUCAUAAAGCAAUGAAGCGCUGCAGAAAAGUUACAUUUGACUGGGCAGUUAUUGAAUCAGUAUUGGCCUAA